UUAAUUCAACAUUGUUCAAUGGCUUCAAAUUUUGGGCACUUCCCUAAACCAUCGCCUUAUAAACAAAACUCAAUAAGCAGUACUUAAAAUCUCUCAUAACCUUAAAGUUUUUCUCCACUGUUCCAUAACCAUGGUGGACAAGGACCAAGCUCAGCCUCUCACUCCAGCUACCCUCAAUCGUUUGAGUAGCGACAACGGCGAAACAAGAUUACAUCUAAAGAGAAUCCAACGAAAAAGAUUCAUAAAAUGUUGCAGUUUCAUAGUAGCUCUUCUCAUGAUUCCAACGAUAGUAAUCAUCAUCAUCUUGAUGUUCACUCUAUUUCAAAUCAAGGAUCCCAUAAUCCAAAUGAAUAGAGUUUCAAUCACAAAGCUGGAGUUGAUCAACAAUGUCAUACCAAAGCCAGGAUCCAACGUGUCACUGACUGCCGAUGUGUCAGUAAAAAAUCCCAACAUGGCAUCGUUCAAGUACAGUAACACCACUACAACUCUAUUCAUCAAUGAGACAGUGAUAGGGGAGGUACGAGGGCCGUCGGGGAAAGCCAAGGCACGACAAACUGUGCGAAUGAAUGUCACCAUUGACAUCGUUGCCGAUCGAGUUUUGUCGAACCUCAACAACGAUGUGAGCUUGGGGAAGGUGAGAUUGAGAAGCUUCUCGAGGAUCCCAGGAAAAGUGAAGUUGUUGCAUUUUAUAGGGAGAAACGUUGUUGUCAAGAUGAAUUGUACAUUCGUGAUCAAUAUAUUCAGUAAGUCAAUUGAGGAUCAGAAAUGCAAGAGGAAGAUGAAGAUGUAGACUUUAAUACUAUAUUUGUUCUUCAUUCGAAGGCUGUUUUUUUUUGUACACGCUGUGAAAUUUAGAGUAUGUUAAUCUUCUUAUAUCCUCUAUUCUUUUGGUUCUAUAUAUACGAAUAGCCUUUACAAAAGUUGUUUCACU